UGCUAUAACCCUUUACAUUCUCGUUAUUAAGAAAGUCAUCCCUUCCCUUUUGAAUUGGGAUCACUCUCUCUCGUUUCGAUUCAUCGCUGCUCCACCAUGGCAACACACGUAGCAGCAGCAACAACAUUUCUGCUGCUUCUUCUUCUCCCUUUCUCCACCUCCGUCUCUCAUUCUCACCGAUCCGCCGCCGUCCACCUCUUCGCUCCUGCCUCCGCAAGUUUAGAAGACGCGUACGAGGCGCUUAGAGUUUUUGAGAUUCUUGGAAUCGAAGAGAAGACUCAUUCGAGCACCGCCACGUGUGAGAAAGUGUUGGAGAAUCUAGGCUCGUCUUCCCCGCUCAAGGAUUUGUUCUACGCCUUGAAAGUUAACAAAAUAUUAAAAUGCAAUGUUAACGGGGAGGGUUUCGAGGAUAUUGCUUCAAGACUUAAAGCCAAUGUGCAUGAUGCAAGUAUUUUGCUUGACAUAUACUACUCAAUUGGAGGUUUGGUUCUUAUGAAGGAUCAGGAUUCUAAUGUUGAUGUGCUUCUUGCUGAUGUUGAUGGGGUUUUUCAAUCAAUCAAGGCUCUCAGUCAAAGUGAUGGAAGAUGGCGGUAUAGUUCUGAUAAUCCAGAGUCCAGUACCUAUGCUGCUGGAUUAGCACUUGAAGCUCUUGCUGGGGUAAUCUCACUAGCAUCUUCUGAAAUUGAUCAGUCUAAGGUCAAUAUAGUGAAAAAUGACAUAGUAAAGCUUUUUGAUGGCAUUGAGAAAUAUGACGAUGAAACCUUUUAUUUUGAUGAGAAAUUUGUUGGUGGAAAUGAGCAACGUGGUUUUCUAUCGACAACUUCUUCAGUUGUUAGAGGGGUUACUGCAUUUGCUGCUGUAACUUCUGGAAAAAUAAAUCUUCCAGAGGAUAAAAUAUUGGGUUUGGCAAAAUUUUUCCUGGGCGUUGGAAUCCCAGGAGAUGCCAAGGACUUCUUUAACCAAGUUGAGUCGUUAGCUUUUCUAGAGAGCAACAGGAUUUCCAUUCCAUUGAUAUUGUCACUCCCUGAAACAGUUUAUUCAUUGACCAAGAAAGGCCAGCUUAAGGUUAAGGUGAAUACAGUGCUUGGUUCAGCUGUACCACCUUUAACAGUUAAGGUUGUCCGUGCUUUUAGUACUGGUGCAAAAGAUUCUGCUAUUAUUGACAGCAAGGAACUCCAGUAUGACCAAGAAAGUGGAUUUCAUUUCUUGGAUGCUUUUCCAAAGAAUGUGGAUGUGGAAACAUAUGUGUUUGUUUUUGAGAUUGUGCUUCAUGAUUGUGGCAGUGAAAAUGUUUAUGCAACCGGAGGCCAAAUUCAUGUACCAAUUUUUGUCACUGGAAUUAUUGAAGUCGGCAAUGCAGAAAUAUCAGUUCUAAACAGUAAUAUUGGAAGUGCUGAAACCCAGAAAAAGCUAGAUUUGGCUGGAAAUGACGUUGUUUCACUCUCAGCUAAUCACCUACAGAAGUUGAAGUUGUCUUUCCAAUUGACAACACCUCAUGGUCAUGUUUUUAAGCCUCAUCAGGCAUUUAUCAAGUUGAGACAUGAGACAAAGGUUGAACACGUCUUUGUGGUUGGAAAUACUGGCAAGAAGUUUGAGAUAAUUCUUGAUUUUCUUGGCCUGGUGGAGAAACUGUUUUAUCUCUCGGGUAGAUAUGACAUUGAGCUUACUGUUGGUGAUGCUACGAUGGAGAACUCUUUCUUACAGCUACUUGGCCAUGUUGAAUUAGAUCUUCCAGAAGCACCUGAGAAAGCAGCCCACCCUCCACCACCUCCUGUUGACCCUUACUCAAGAUAUGGGCCCAAAGCAGAGAUUACCCAUAUAUUCAGGGCUCCUGAAAAGAGACCAGACCAAAAACUCUCUCUUGCUUUCUUGGGUUUAAUCCUUUUGCCAUUCAUUGGCUUUUUGGUUGGGUUAUUGCGUUUGGGGGUGAACCUAAAGAAUUUCCCUGGUUCAACGGUCCCUGCUACAUUUGCGAUCCUUUUCCAUGUUGGUAUUGGCGCAGUUUUGUUACUUUAUGUACUCUUCUGGUUGAAGCUGGACCUGUUCACUACACUCAAAACAGUUGGUCUUUUGGGAGCUUUUCUGAUGUUUGUGGGGCACAGAAUCCUCUCUCAUAUCGCUUUGACAUCAGCCAAGUUGAAAUCUGCUUGAGUGUAACAACAAAUAAAUUUUAUAUUUUUAAAGAGACGGCGAGAAUUUUAGUUUUUCCUUUAAAGGAAUGGUACUAAUCCAAUUUUGUAGGACCGUUGUUGAAUUAUCUAAUAACAAAUUUAGAGAGCUCAA